AUGUCCUCAAUAUCCUCCCUCUGUGCCGCGCUGCAGACUUCCACGACACACGUCGUAGACGGUCUGCGCAACUUCGUCACGUACUAUCCGCAGGCGAGGCUGGACCUUGCUAGCUUGUCCCGGGAGCUCGCGGAACUGCAGAUGGUAGCGAGGCUGCUGCAUCAUAACGCCCAGGCCCUGGAGUCCGGAAGCGCGCCGCUGCCGGGAAGGUUGGAUGAGGCGAUCAAGGGGGUCGUUAGUGAGGCUGGGGAGUUGUUGGAGGAGGCGGAUGACGCGUUGGAUACGGGAAGGACGGCAGAGGAGAGGACGCCCUCGUGGUUGGAACACACUGCCGAGAGGUUGUCGCCCUUUGCAAAGUUGCUUGAGGGUUUGAGAAGUGGGAUGAGUCUAGGACUUGACUGUGUGUUACUAGCCAUCAAUUCUCAGCCUCAUGAUGGUGAGAGAGAACUUCCCGGUUAUAGCAGCUCUCAGAUCCUUCAAGAGGCAUCAACUAUUCGCUCACGAUUCCUCCAAGAACCAGACAGUGAAGAUCCUCGCUUUGAGAGCCAACGAUCCAUCAUCACGGAAUUUAUCGAGGCUACUCAAGCCUUUAUCUCAGAAAGCUCAUCUGCUGCUCCACCACCAAUUGAUGAUGCCGAGAGUCGAGACCACAGCAACAGCAGCAUCGCUAAUCCAGAGACAAUUGCGUCGUCUCCUCACUCAGAGACGAAUGAGCCGCCUAUUCCGGAUUACAACGCCAUCGGUAUAACCUCUACAACACCCCUCCGCAUCUCACUCCGCCACCUCGCCAAGAAAGAACUCUCCAACCAUGAAGUCGUCGAAACUGCGUAUGUAUCUCGCCACAACGCCCCCACAAUCGCAAUCUCAACCCUCGAGUCUCCCACGCGCUUCUACGACAUAAGCGCCAAUCAGGUUUCAUGCUUGCAGAACCAGCACGGCGUUAACAUGAUCUUCUCGCGCAAUGGUCGUCAGUGGGCAUAUCUUAGCGAGGAAGACGGCAAGGGUCUCAAUGCGGCGAGCCAUGAUGGCAUCAACUUCAAGAAACCGGUUGUUUACCUUGGCGACUACAUCAACGGACGGAAGAUCCCGGUUUGUAAAUGGCCUGGUGGAAAGCCACUUGCGUUCUCGCAGGACGGGAAUUGGCUUGCGGUGGGAAGCACGAGAGGUCGGGUUGGGCUCAUGGACUGCAGUGCGAAUAUGAACAAGGCGAGCGUUGUGAUUCCGUGUCAUAUGGAUGAGGUUACACAUGCUGUGUUCACACCAGACAGCAAGCUUCUCAUCACACAAUCUCGCGACGGCACGAUUCGCAUAACGAAUGUGGAAACCCGCGCAUCGAUCGCCAAGCUCGAGACCGAUACCUGGAAGAAGCCCGUGUUCCUCGGAACGUCGCCCGAUGGAGAAGUCAUCGUUUCGUUAUGGGGCGACACGGUGUUCCACUGGAACCACGGCACCGCAGCCCUCGAGUCGUACAACCUCAGCGGGCGAAGAACACGCGAGGGCUGGCCCAUCGCUGUAUCGGCGGACUGUCGCUUCUUGUGCUGUAGAACAGAUGACGGUGUCGAUGUAAGUGAUACGUACUCGGGAAGAGUGCUGUAUACGAUUAAGUUUCAGAGCGGGUUUGUCACGGCGGCGUCGUUUAGUUGGGAUGGGAAAUACUUGAUUCUUGGAAAGGCGGCGUCGUGGAUGGGACUCAAGAUGGGAACUUCGACUUUGGAUAUUUGGGAAUUGGUAUUCUAG